AAUAGCUACUAAACGUUAAAAUUUUUAUUUUAAGAAUAGAAGACUGUGAAACUGACAAAAGCGCGGCGCCAUAUUGCGUGCUUGUGUUUGGUUACUGUUCUGGCGCGUGGUCAAGAAUUGUUAUAUUUAAUUAAUUACCAUGUCUGAUAAUCAGGAACAAAAACCCGAAGCCGGCCCAGGCGACGCGAAUUCUGAAUAUAUCAAGCUUAAAGUUGUUGGAAAUGACAGCAAUGAAAUUCACUUUAGGGUAAAGAUGACCACUCAAAUGGGUAAACUCAAGAAAUCGUAUAGCGAUCGUGUGGGUGUUCCUAUGACAUCACUCAGGUUUCUAUUUGACGGUAAAAGAAUUAAUGAUGAUGAAACACCAAAGCAGUUGGAAAUGGAAAAUGAUGAUGUUAUUGAAGUAUAUCAAGAACAGACAGGUGGUCACUAUUGAAGAAAUCUACUAAGUUUCAAUCUCUUUUAAAGUGAAAGUGACUAUCGUAAAGAAAUGGACAAGUUUAUCAGUAUAUAUAUAUGUAUGUUAAAAAAACAUUAUGUAAUUUGGUUUUUUACGUAACAUUUUGAUGUGCUGUUCUACAUUCCUGUAACGUGGCAAAGACCAUCAACAGUCAGUUUCAUACAAUGUAUAUGUUUAUCCAACAAAAACAAAACAAAAAAAAAAAGAUACAGAACUAAAAAAAGAAUCAUGCCUUAAAUGCUGUGAGUUUUGUCCAUUAAUAACAUUUGGCAAUAUAUUUGCAUCUUAUGAAUUUCUAAAUUCUUAGAUUUAGAUCAUGAUUUUUAGUUUUGUUAUUAAAACAUAAUUAUUAUAUAAUAUAAAUAUGAUUUAAACAAAAUUGUUGCGUUUAAGGUACGUCUAUAAUAAAAGAAUAAUUGUAAUAUUUUCCCUUUGCCUUUUUAUGUAAUUUUAAUAUUAAUAGAAAUAUUUUCUACUUGAAAAGUAUACAUUCACUAAUCGUAAAAAAAUUUAUUCUCUUCUGUAUUGAUAAGCAUGAAAUAAUCAAUGUAAGUAAUGUGGAUGCUUCUGAAGAUUUUUAUAGAUUUUGAUUUUUAUUAUAGACAAAUUAUGUAUUAAAAUAAUAAAAAUACUAAAUUGCUAUAUCUGAUAAUUAUGCAAAUUUACUUUUAUAAUAUUUUUUUUUAAAUUACUAUUUGAGUUAUAUAAAAUAAAAAAUAAAAAUUAGGUCAAAGUUCUACAAGUUAUUAAAUUGUUUAACUCUUAUAUAUUGAUUUGAAUAUCAUUCUAUUAUAAGCAUCCUCAUUACAAAAUACUUAAUUCAUUUGAUUUAACAGGACAAAAUUUCUAUAAAUUGUAAUAAAAUUUAUUCUUGUACAGAUAAGUAAUAUAGUUUCUGUUUUCAUUACUAACUUUUAGAUAUUGAUUAGUAUUUUUCUUUCAUUAUUAUAUCUUCAAUUCAUAUUUUAAACAAUAUAAUACUUUCUUAGAUAAUGAAAAUAAUUUAUAAGUAGAUGUUUUAUAUAUAAUUAGAACAAAUAAGUAAAAAAUAAUUAUAUUACUUUUAGUAGUAUUCUCUAUUAUGAAAAAUAGCACUUGUUGAAUAGAAAAAUAAUUAAAUAAAAUAAAAACUAGAGUCUCAUUUUCGUAACAAGAACAGAAAAUGAUUUUGAUAUAAAUAAUAUUGUAAUAAUCAUUAGAUUUACGAUAAAAUUACAUCUAUGUUUAUCAAGCUUCAUCCAUUUUACAAAACAUGUUUGCAUUUGCCAAUGGCAUAAAUUACCUGUAAUAAUCAUCUAAAAAUAAAUGAUACUUCAUCUUUCUCUA